AUGAACAACCAGACAGCAAAGAGAUACGCUUGCGACCGAUGCCGGGAGCAGAAGCUCAAAUGUCCCCGAAGCCAACCGGAUGGUGGCACCUGCGAGCGCUGUCUCCGUCUAGGUGCGAUGUGUGUCACGAGCAUCGGUCGGCCAUUGGGACGGCCUCCAAUACAUGCGAACCACCGUGGCCAGGUCGAGGAUAGUCGAUCGCUGUACGGCGCCCGGAAUGGUCGCUCCUCAACGCAUCGCGGUGUGCGUGUCACAAUGGGUACGGAUCCUGCGACGACAACACAGAGCCAACCGCCAGAUCCAGGCCCCUCGCAGUUCUUCACCAGCAAUAGGGUGCUAGAUCACGUUGAUACUACCUCGACCAUGUGGCUAGAUGCAUCAAAUUUCCCGACUGCGAUGUCAACAUCCGACGAGCCCACCAUACCCUCGUCAAGAGCACACUCACACGUCUUCUCCGACUUAAGCGUCCCCGAUCUCGACUUCGGAGAUCUAAACGACAUGGCCGAACACUUGAACAGGGAUCUUCACGAGCCAAUGACGGAUGUUGAAGACAAGCUCUCUGGUCAAAGCAGGAUCGCCACACCUAGCACCUCGAAUGCUGGUGACACGGGGGCCCAUGUGGUAGGCCUCCUUGGCAGCCUUUCUCAUCAAUUAGCGGAACUCAAGGAUCAGCCAUGGGAGUCUUGGAACCCGCAUCUCACAAAAGACGCAUUUCAGCAUGGGAAAGAUACAGAAUCACCAGGAGGCCGGGACCUCAGCAUUUGGAACCGCGUUCUCAAUGUUACCAUGCGGUUCGCAACUGUCCUAGAGUCCGUGACCCCUGUGCCACCACCGGCACUAUCUUUGACAUUGAUGCUUCUAUCAACAUAUGUCCAGCUCGGUGAGCUGUUUGAGAUCGUAUUCAACCGCAUGAGCAGGUGUUUGCGCGAAGGGUCUGGAUCAGGGACAUCGGCCGCGAGCGCGGCUCAGCUAUUAGCGCAGCCCACAAGCAUACAGCUCAUGAUGAUGACUCAAGUCUUUGAGUAUCAGAUGCAUACGGUGGAGCGACUAAUGGGUCUACCUGCGGAGUUUCGAAUUUGGGACCAACGAGAUGGCACGAACGAGGGCGAGGCUGGGAUUCUUAGUCGCUCAGAGACUUCUGAAAUUGUUCGAGGUGUGAUGAGACAAACGCGGGAGACUUUUCAAACUAUUAGACAGGCUAGCAAACGGAUCAGAGGCUCUAACACAUAG